AUGAACAGCAUCAUGGAAAAGACCAUUGUCGACACAAUCGAGGCUGCUAGUGAUGAGCUACGUCGCAUUAGCUUGGAGCUUUAUGAACAUCCUGAGACUGGAGAACACGAGUAUCGCUCAUGUCGAUUGUUGACCGAGUACCUGGAAGGAAAGGGCUUCAAAGUGACACGUGAGGCAGCUGGCAUGCCAACAGCCUUCAUGGCCGAAUAUUCCAAUAGCGCCAAUGGUCGUCGUGUGGGAUUCUGUAGCGAAUACGAUGCGUUGCCAGGCAUUGGACAAGCUUGUGGACAUGAAUUGAUAGCCAUUAGUGGUUUGGCCUGUGCAUUGGCCACCAAGGCUUUGUUGGAAAAGGAUUUGAUCCAAGGAACGGUUGUGUUGUAUGGAACACCAGCAGAAGAAUCUACCAGUGGCAAGAUUACAUUCGUUCAAGAAGGCCUAGUGGAGAGUCGUGUGGAUGUAGCCAUGAUGAUUCAUCCUGGUCCAGGGGAUGGGCUUUAUGUCAAUUAUCUUGCUAUCGAUUCGGUGACAGUUGAAUACUUUGGCAGAGCCUCACACGCUGGCCAAGCGCCAUGGAAUGGGAUUAAUGCAGUGGAUGCCAUGAUGCAAGCUUGGGAUAAUGUAUCUAUGCUUCGUCAACAGACCUUGACCACCAAUAGAAUUCACGGCAUCAUCACCAACGGAGGUAAAUCGGCCAAUGUGAUUCCAGAUUAUGCAAGCUGUACCUUCAUUGCUCGAUCCCUUUCAAAGGCACAACUUGCUGAGCUCAAGGUCAAGGUAGAGAAUUGUGUCAAGGCUGCUGCUGUGGCAACUGGAUGCGAUAUCAAGUUGCAAUGGUCGCCCAAAGGACCUACAGAUGAUGUGUUCCAGAAUGAACCCCUCGCUGAAACUUACAAACAUUACAUGGAAGCUCAAGGCAUCAAGUUUUUACCCAAAUCGGUUGAAGAAGGGAUUGCCAGUGGAUCCACUGAUAUGGGCAACUUUUCUUAUGUUGUUCCCACUAUCCAUCCAUUCUUUGGUAUUGGUACAACUGCACCUAAUCACACGAUCGAGUUUACAAAAGCAGCCAUCACUGAGGAAGCCCACAAGGCCACAUUGGUCGCAGCGGAAUGUCUCGCAAAGACGGCAGCUUCUGUAUUCUUAGAUGACCAGCUAUAUCAACAAGCCUAUGCAUUCUUCGCCAAAGGAAAGCCCCAAGUAUAA